AUGGGAGAUCCUCAAUUCGACCUGAUCAUCAUCGGCGCCGGCGUGAUGGGUAGCUCCACCGCCUACCAAGCAGCCAAACGUGGCCUCAAAACUCUUUUGCUCGAACAGUUCGAUUUCCUUCACCAGCGCGGAUCGUCCCACGGUGAGUCCCGCACGAUUCGAUCCACCUAUCCACAAAGCCAUUACUAUCCUCUAGUAGUUGAAUCAUACAAACUCUGGGAAGAGAUUCAGGCCGAAGUUGGCUAUGAUGUUUACUUCAAAGCUCAACACCUUGACAUUGGCCAUCUCAACGAUCCAUCCUUCCGCGCUGUCAUCGAAAACUGCCAGAAACAUGGUGUUAACUACGAGCUUCUGAACGCCGAGCAAGUUGCUGCGAAAUACGCCGGGAAACUCAACAUACAGGAAGGUUGGUUGGGUCUGUCCACAGAACAUGGCGGAAUGUUAAAGGCCACAAAAGCAACUGCCAUGUUUCAGACACUGGCGCACAAACACGGUGCUGUUCUCAAAGACAACAGAAAGGUUGUAGAUAUCAAAAACAACGGCGGCGAGGUUGUGGUUUUUACUGAGAACGGUGAAAAGAUCCGAGGUAAGAAAGUCGCGGUAACCGUGGGAUCAUGGGCGAAUAAGCUGAUUAAGAAAAUCAGAGGUAUUGAUAUUCCGAUACAGCCUAUCGAGACUCAUCUUUGUUACUGGAGAAUAAAAGAAGGACAUGAAGGUAAAUUCUCAAUUGGUGGCGAUUUUCCGACUUUUGCUAGCUAUGGUAAGAUUUACUACUAUGGAACACCAACUUUGGAGUUUCCGGGUUUGCUUAAAUUAGGUGUCCACGGUGGUCGGAAGUGUGACCCUGAUCAGAGGCCAUGGGGACCCGGCGAGAUGAUGAAUGAGUUGAAGAAGUGGAUUGACACGACAUUCUCUGGAGUGAUUGAUACGACUGAGCCUGUUGUGAAACAGGCUUGUCUGUAUUCAAUGACUCCAGACGAAGACUUUGUGAUUGACUUCUUAGGUGGUGAGUUUAAGAAUAAUGUUGUUUUGGGUGUCGGGUUUUCCGGCCACGGAUUUAAGAUGGCUCCGCUUGUUGGUAAAAUUCUGACCGAGCUGGCAACCGAUGGAAAAACUGAUCAGGCUGACUUGAAAUAUUACAGAAUCGGAAGAUUCCAAAGGACAUCUAAGAUUUAG